CAGCGUUUUAGCUUUACUCGUUGGCUGUAGUCAGCCGGUUGUGUGGACACUACGUCAUUGACAGACAUUGACAACACACAUCAUGGAAUCCGUCAGUCAUCAAUGAGUCAGUCCAGUUGGCAUGCAUCAACAGACAAAGGUCACAUCGAUAUCCUCACUGAGCGAGCUACUCAUCUCCCACCACCUGUCCCACCCACAGCCCCCAGCCCCACCCCCACCACCUGUCAUGUCUGCUGCUGGUGGUGCUGCUGUGACAAGUGGCCGCCUUCGUCCUGCUUGACGAGGCAGAUGAAGUUGAAGCGGCUAAUGAGAGAGGGGAUGGAGGCGUGCAGGGGGCCGUACUUGGCCGUGCCAUCAUACAGGUCAGUCAGCGACACAGCUAUCAUCGUGUGACCCGCUGGCAGCACAAACGUACCUGCACCGUUCAUCCAUCACACCACAUCAACACACAGACAGAGGGAUAGGUAUCACUCACUGCAAGCUGGUGACCAUUGUGUGUGUGUGUGGGUGGGUACAUUUGUUAGUGAGGGUGACUUGGUAGAGCUUCUGCUGCUCCUUGGGACGGGUGAUGUGCGCGGGAAGGUAAGGAUACUGCAUGCCAGAAAGGAGCAACAGACAGACAGACCGACCGACCCACACAUCACAGUGACAAGAAUGUCCCUCUGCCCAGCCUCCGACCCAUUCAUUCGACAAACCGACCAUGAGCUCUUCGAAGUUUGGCCGCCACCACACACCCAGCAGCUCACCGACCUGAUACACACGCGGACACAAACGCAGAGAGAGAGAGAGAGAUGAAUGGCCACCGCAGCCAUUUUGACCUAUGUGCCUGCCUGUCUGUCUGUCUGUCUGUCUGUCAGUCUGCCCACCUCGCAAGGCGCUCCUGAGAUGCACUUGCCGAGUUUCCUCUGGAGACCGUCCUUGUCGGACUCACCCGGCCGGAGGCAGCCUCCCGGACUGACACAAACACAUACACACACACACACACACAGAUCCUGCAUCCAUGUGGAACAUGCACGUGUGUGUGAGGUGCCUGCUGUGCUUACAGGUGGUAGGUCUGCGUCUGUUCGUGGAGGAAGAAGAUGACGUGAGGGUGGCCGUGCUGGUGGAUGAGCAGCACUGCCGACACGGUGCGGCGGAUGCCCUCGCGGCGGUACUUGUCGCGCACUCGUGUGAGUCUUGACUCGUGUGGCUUCUUGGUCCAGUCCUUGCUGGGUCGGAAGGCCAGGACGGUGUGCGGGUAGAUGCUCCAUUGGUGCGGCGUGGACGAGGACAUCAAUCAAACGACAGAUCUGCACCUCAUCAAGUGCGAGGGGCGGGAACGGAAUGGCAGGCUGCGGAAUGGCAGGCUGCAUGAGGUUUUGAG